AUGGAAAUUGAAGAAAAUGCUAAGCCAGUGGUCCAUCCUCCCAGAAGAGUACCUGUCGCGCUCAAGGGAGCACUGAAACGAGAGUUGGAACGGUUGCAGAGUCUUGAUAUCAUAGAAAAAGUCAUAGAGCCUACCGGUUCGGUUCCGAGCCUCGUUAUCGUGCAAAAACCUAAUGGACAGAUUCGUGUUUGCCUGGACACUAAGGACCUCAACAAAGUCCUUAGGAGGAGCCACUACCCAACCCCGACAGUUGAAGAUAUUCUACCUGAGCUUACCAGGGCUAAAGUGUUCUACACUGUGGACGCAAAGAACGGUUUCUGGCACAUUGAACUUGACGAUGACAGUUCACGCUUAACAACGUUCAAUUCUCCCUUUGGAAGAUUUUGCUGGCGUCGCCUACCCUUUGGUCUUUGUUCGGCCCCCGAGGAGUUCCAACGAAGGCUUAACCACGCACUUGACGGCCUGACGGGUGUAUUAACCAUUCAUGAUGAUAUCUUGAUUGUAAUGUCUCCCAUCAAGUGUUACACCAACUGCCUCGUUAUUACAAACGUCCGUCCCUUAAGUUUGAACACUCAAAGGAGGUUACUACUAAACAAUGCCUAUUGUUACAUCCUUUCCCUUAUAAAAUAA